AUGAGCCUCAAAGGAGUAAAGCGGAGCGAGAACAACAACUGGGAGCAAGAAAAUCAAUCGGACACAUCCCAUAAUAAGAGCCCGCUCCUUUCGGAUCCAUGGAAACCAUGCAGACGGCACCGUGCUGUUGUCAAAGAGCUGCUGUUGAAGCUGAGGUGUUGUCUGGGAACAGUGUGUGGGAUUGAAUGGUAUGGCUACGCUGCUCUGGGUAUUUUGACUGCCAUCCUCAGUUUCCUCAUGGACCUCAGUGUAGCGAAGCUGCUGCGAGCUCACCAGUGGCUUUAUACGAUGCUGGAAGGAAAUGUUUUGCUGCAGUUUCUCUGCUGGACUCUUUACCCAGCAUGCAUUUGUGCCAUUGCAUCAUCAUUCUCCCACAACAUCUGUCCUUUCUCCACAGGCUCAGGGAUACCAGAGGUGAGAACCAUGCUGGCGGGAUUUGAAAUGCCGCAUUAUUUGUCUCUCACUAAUUUGUUUUCCAAGUUCUUGGGCCUCAUCUGUACACUGGCUGCUGGCAGCACUGUUUUCCUGGGCAAAGUGGGUCCAUUUGUGCAUCUUUCCACCAUGGUGGGAGGUUACCUGAGCAAUCUCUGCACUCUCAUACAACGUGAUAAGAAGGAAAAAGCAGCUGGACAAAUGUUGGUUGUAUCUGCCGGGGUCGGGGUAGCCAGCUGCUUCGGAGCUCCCAUUGGCGGUGUGUUGUUCUCUGUGGAGGUGAUGAGUUCUCACUUCGCCCUGAGGCAUUACUGCCCAUGCUUCUUCUCAGCAGCCUGUGGGGCAUUGACCUUCCGACUUUUAGCAGUGUGGGGUGGAGAUGGAGAGACUCUCCAGGCCUUGUUCAGAACUAAUUUCCCCGAUGCUUUACCUUUCUACCCGCUGGAAAUUCUGCUGUUUGCUUUCUUGGGGCUGCUGUGUGGGGCUGUGAGCUGCUGCUACCUCUUCUGCCACAGGUGGAUCCUGCGUUUCACUAAAACAAACCCAGUUUUCGCCAAGAUGCUGACGACAGAGAAGGCUCUGUACUCAGGCAUGGUUGUCUUCUUCCUGGCAUCACUGACGUUUCCCCAUUUUGCUGGUCAUUACAUGGCUUCUAAGUACACCAUGAAGGAGCUCCUCACUUCUUUCCUGGAUAGCAGGCAGUGGACCUCACAAUCCCACAACACCUCCGAGCAGCUGCAGCCUUUGUUGGAGUGGAGCUCAUCAGGGACUUCUGUCUACUUCUCUUUGGUUUUCUUUCUGCUCAUGAAGAUGUGGAUGUUGGUCCUCGCCUGCACCCUGCCUCUGCCAGCUGGAUACUUCAUGCCAGUGUUCAUCUAUGGGGCAGCUAUUGGGCGUUUGAUUGGGGAAGGCGCUGCUUCUUUGUCUUCCACUGGAGUGACUCCAGGCCAGCAGUGGGCUUCUGUAAACCCAGGAGGCUACGCACUUGCUGGUGCAGCGGCCUUCUCUGGCGCUGUCACACACACUUUGUCCCCAGUUCUCGUGGCUAUAGAGUUGACUGGUCAGUUCACCCAUGCUGUACCCAUCCUCCUGGCGACUCUGCUGGCCAACGCCCUGUCACGCUCUGGACAACGCCCAUCUUUCUAUGAUGCCUUGUCCAUCAGCAAGAGGCUCCCACACCUUCCCUCUCUGAAGAAGGCAAGUCCUCAGCUUCCAUCCACACCAGUCGGACAGGUUGCGGUGAAAUCGGUGCUGCUUCAGAAAGCAGCUGGGCCAGUGGAGGCUGAGCAAGCUGUCAGAACCAGCACUGAAAUGCAAAUCCCUGUGGUAGACUCCUACGAGUCGCAGAUUUUGCUGGGGUUUGUCCUGCGAUCAGAGCUGCUGACGUUCCUGCGUCGCUGGAAGACUGAGAGUCCGGAGAAACAUCUGGAUGAAGGAUGCUGCAUUUACCAAACCUCCAUCGUGAUAUCACCUCACAACACUGUUCAGGAGGCCCACAGUAUACUGAGUUUACUCGGAUCCCAAACCUUGUUUGUUGCAGACGAAGGAAAGCUGGUCGGGCUUAUCACGUGGCCAGAGAUGAAGAGGAUAUUAGAGGACUUGGCCAAAGAAAUCUGAGCGACAUCACAGCGACAUCAUCACGUCAGCACAUCCUAUCAAAAUUUAUUUUAAAUAAACAUGUAUCCGUCUCUGCCUGAUUAGCUCAACGUGUUUAAUAAUGAUGUAAUUUCUCUAACAAUAUUUGCACACCAAACUAUAC